AUGGACAGUGCAAUAUGCGACGUUCCAGAAAGCCUGUGCUCUCGAUCGCAAUUCAACACUCUUUCCGAAUUUUUCAUCCACGCAAUGUUCAUUCAGGUUGGCCCCGAGCAGAAAGGCGUUGAGCAAUCCAUCACAGUAAUAAUCUCCUUCCACAACACGUUCAUCACAAAGGUGGAUCGUGCAUAUCGUUGUACUUGUUUCUAUAUGGAAGCUGAUAAGGUGGUGACGAGUAGAUUCGAUGUGAGUAUGUUGCCAACCACAGAUCUUAUUGAUACAGCUCGAAUGCCACUGUGCACUUACACGGUGAGACGAGCUUCUGUCACCGGUUCGCCGGUUUCGUUCGCUACUGUUGGUGAACCAGUCUUUCACGUGUGGCAAUGCGAAAGUGAUAUGUUCUCAAUGCUUGUCCACAGUUGUUUUGUCGACGAUGGUAAUGGACAAGACAGAAAGCCUCUGAUCGAUGAAAAUGGGUGUUCGAUCGAUGAAGCACUCGUUCCCAAUCUCACCUACAAUCCCGACAAGAAUAUGGCAUUCUCUGAAGUGAGCGUCUUCAAAUUUGCCGAUAAAGUCAGCACAUACUUUCAAUGCGCCGUCUCAACUUGUAUGAACUCCGAAGGAAUGUGCCAAAGCAAAACGCCUCCACGUUGCGGUAGUUCACCAACAAGAUUCGAAAAAGACGAACAAGACGAACCAGAAGCAGACGAUACGUUCGAUCCGUACCAACAACAUGUUCAUCGUAGAGCACGCAGCGUGCGAACACAUCCGUCACUGAUCACUCAGCAGUCAAACCAUUCCAAUGAUAAUCUUAUCACAUUCAAACCAAGCAGGAGUCCCUUCAACGACGCUAACACAAUGGAUUUAUCAGCUAAUCCAAUAGUGGUUUUGGACCUUGACGAAAAUACUCCUCAAGAUCCAGCCGAUACACCCAAAGUACCCAACUGUCUUCUUAUUACCGGAUCUUUUUAUUCUUUUAAUCCAGUGAAACUUAUUGCUCCCGAUGAUACGUUCUCUUCAUGA